CAAACUCACACGCCGUCCAUCAUGAUGGAUUAGACGUCGGGAGUGAUUUCUCUUGUGGCGCUCGGUCGACUGGAACCGAGCCGCGCACGGUUACCGCCGGAUACCGAUAUCCAGUGUCGUUAACUGGCGAAGCGCGCCUGUAGAACUAUCGGCUGAUCGCUCCAGUUCUAUCAUAUUUCUCGUGACGUACUCUAUGUUCCGCUAUUGUCGCCAUUUACGGUUUUCUAAACGGGCUCACCUUUUUUACGAAUUCGUUGACUGAAAUUUUAUUCACAAGUAAAUCGGCAUAGCUAAAUAACGUCAAGUUCAUUAGCGACCUUAUACGUCGUAACAAUCGUCCGUCAAACAUAAAUUAUUCCUCGCGCGUCGCAUAUGCAUCCGGCGAUGUUCGCUUUCCAAGUGUUUGUUACGAAGCGAUUGUUUCCUCGCAAGCAGUCGGUCGAAUCGCACGCCUUAGAUUGGUAGCUUGGGCCGUGCGUUAUCGUUAUUUCAAGUAAUAAAAGUCGAUGAUCAGCUAAUUAUCACUAUUAGGUUGAUAAGGUUGUUUGUGAAACUCGUGGAAUGCUAAAUUGCGUUAGUAGUGCGAUAGUCGUCGGUGCGAUGGUCGAUCGGAGGUGAUGCUCCGUGCGAACGAGUGUAAAAGUGCUUUAGUAUUAUGUGGGGUGCUGCAGUGUCCAAUCCUCCGCAUUACCAUUAUGUGCAAGGACCUAAUGGUGUGGGGCCACAGCGAGGACCGGCCGGGCCUGUACUGUCGGGGCCUGGCGUGAAACAUUUGCGACCGCAGUCCUCGUACUCGCUGCCACAUGGCGCCAAUGGGCCCACGCGCUGGAGUUGGUCGGGUAGCAAUGCUUCCUCGUUCGAUCGGCGGCAGGCGAAGGUACCGCCGCAGCCGGCGCGCCCCGCUCCCUCGCGCCCCUCACAUGUCAGAAAUAAUUCUACAUAUAAGGUCGACCCUGAGCUGAUCUUCACGAAACAAGAGAAGAUCGGCAAGGGUUCCUUCGGCGAGGUGUUCAAAGGCGUCGACAAUAGGACUCAACAAGUAGUCGCUAUCAAGAUCAUCGACCUCGAAGAAGCUGAAGAUGAGAUCGAGGAUAUACAGCAGGAGAUCAUGGUGCUGUCGCAAUGUGACAGUCCCUAUGUCACAAAAUAUUAUGGAUCAUACUUAAAGGGAACAAAGCUAUGGAUAAUAAUGGAAUACCUGGGGGGUGGGUCGGCGCUGGACCUGAUGAAGGCGGGCAACUUCGAGGAGAUGCAUAUCGCGGUGAUCCUGCGCGAGGUGCUACGCGGUCUCGACUAUCUUCACUCAGAGCGCAAACUGCAUCGCGACAUCAAAGCUGCCAACGUACUGCUCAGCGAGAUGGGCGACGUCAAGCUCGCUGACUUUGGUGUGGCGGGUCAGCUGACGAACACGACGAGCAAGCGCAACACAUUUGUUGGCACUCCUUUCUGGAUGGCGCCCGAGGUGAUCAAGCAGUCAUGUUACGACAGUAAGGCGGACAUCUGGUCGCUGGGCAUCACUGCCAUCGAACUCGCAAAGGGGGAGCCCCCCAACUCGGAGCUGCACCCUAUGCGUGUCCUCUUCCUCAUACCCAAGAACAACCCCCCACAACUCACGGGCUCCUACUCGAAGCCUUUCAAAGAGUUUGUUGAAGCAUGUUUGAACAAGGACCCCGAAAAUAGGCCGACGGCGAAGGAAUUGCUAAAGUUCCAGUUCAUCCGGAAGGCGAAGAAGAACUCUUACCUCAUGGACCUGAUCGACAGGUACAAGAAAUGGAAAGCGCAGCGCAGCGAGGAGAGCGAGACGGAGUCGGAGAAUUCGGACUCUGAGGAGUGCAGUAGAGGCGACAGUGAAGCGGACGAGCCGUGGAUAAUGACGGUGCGGGGCGGCGCCGGCGCGCGCUCGCUCUUGUCUGCCGCCGAGCGUCGCGACACGCGCGACCGAGACCGCGACCGCGACCGCGACCGCGACACAGAUCGCGACCGAGAACGCAAUCGCGAACGCGACCACGACCGGGAGCGCGACCGCGACAGGCGCGACGACACCGUUCUGCCAUCGCCUACAUCACCCUCGGUGACGAAGCAGAAUGGUUCGCUGAGUGUACGUGACGACACGCCGCCGACAGAGCUCGCGCCGCAACACAAGCCCGCCCUCAACAACAACACGCCCGACAAACAGACGAGCCGACAAUCUCCAAUAGUGCAGACGUCCAUAGAACAAAGAAAUUCAAAAGAUAGAGAAAGAGAUAGGGGAGAUAGAGAAGAUAGGAAAGAGAGGCAAGAACACACAGCGUCAAACCGCGACGGCAUAGUUAAUAAUAAAGCUGCUUCCCCUCUGGACCACAGAGGAGUGAACAGCGAGGAGAGCAAGGUGCGGCGACAUGCGUAUCUGCAGCAACUCAUAUACCCGCUUCUCAAUGAGCUGAGCCGCAAGCACGGUCCGAGCAGUGCUGCAGCAGUGGAGGAAGUGCGGCGAGCCUUCGAGCUGGCUGAGCGCAGCGCGCCGCAUCUCACACGAGCCUUCGUGCAACAGGUGGUGCAGAGGGUGGCGACACAAUCGCACCAACCCUCCACACCCUCACACAACACUUCACAACACUGGAUGUCGUAGGGACCCAUAAAAUAUGGGGCAGCAAUUUGCCUCCCGGCCCCGGCCCCGGCCCCUUGGCCCCAAGCUCAGGCCUCGGCCCCACCCGCAGCUCGGACUGACCGAUACUAAUACUACAAAUUAAAGUUAGAAGAAACCUUUAUGAUAGCAACAACAGCAACUAUAUAUAAUGUCUUACAUGGCUUUAAAUUAGAUGUAGACGAAUACUGAAUGAGAUGUUCUCUUAAUAUUAACUCUAGUUCCAAAUGAGAUGUGAACUGAGGCCUUCAACUGCCUUAUACUGCCCUAAAUGUACCAACAAACAGUUUACUGACAUCUCUUUCUAUAUAUACAUUUAAAUCUUUGCACUGUCCAAUGUUUGAUCUUUUUUUUUAUA